CUGCACGUCUGUGGAGAGAUCAGUUAUAUGUGUGUGAAAACAUUAUUCGCGUCGAUAGCGAUCCUAGCUUCGACUGCAACUUGUAAAGGAGACAAACCACAUCCGUUUCUACAUAUAAUCAUCCACAAGAAUUCGUGCUGACAUAGUCAACGCCAAAAGUUUCCUUGCCGUUGUGUCUGUCAAAGCUAUUCGUACAGUAAGAUAAGAUGAGCCCAUGGAUUAUUCAGGCUGGCCUUGUUCUGCUGCUGCUGUCUGGGUUGUUGAAGACAACAGAAGGGAAGAAGGAUGAGAUGCUGUAUUGUUCAGCCUGCAUGGCAAUUGCUGACGAGCUGAACUAUUCAAUUAGUCAGACUGAUCCUAAGAGGACCAUCGACGUGGGUGGAUUUAGACUGAAACCUGAUGGUAGUCUCACUGAUAAGAAGGUUCCUUUUGCUAGGUCAGAAACUCAGUUAACAGAACUGCUGGAAGGAGUGUGCAACAGCAUGAGUGAUUACGCUCUCUAUGUGGAUCCAGACACCAAGGAUAAGAGCUAUAAAAGAUUUGCCCCAAGGAGCAACAGCGGUGGGGAUUUCCCCGAUUUUAACAAUUUUAAGUUUGAUGGCCCAGAGGGUUCCAAUGCUCUCAAAUUUGCUUGUGAGACCAUUGUGGAAGAGCUAGAAGAUGAUAUCAUCUCUCUUUUUGGCCAUGAAUCAGAACACGUAGCCGACAAGUUGUGUGGCAAAAUAUCAGGCCAUUGUAAAGGGAGCCAAGGCCAGCGUUCAGAGUUGUAACAUUGGCUGGAGAACAAUACCCAAGCUGUGACCUGAGGUACAAUAUUGCAGACGUUUACUAAUUCUGGGUGAAACACAGUGAUUUGGUGGAAAACAUUAUAUGAACAUGUUUUGUAAUUUUAUAAAUAAAAGUUGUUUUAAAGUACUCCCUAUUUUUUUUCAGUCAUGUGCAUCUCUGUGGUACAUGGAAAUGAAUAUUGUGCCUUAAAUUAAGUGGCUGUUAGUAAUACUGAAGUAAAUUAUGUUCACUGGCUCCUAAUUGGUUUUGUUUGGUGUGGUUUACAGCAGCCUGUCAAAGGCCAUCAAAACUAGUUAAAAUCGCCACACAUUUGCUCUGUAAUUAGUACAAAAUAUAUUUUUGGACCAUGAUUACAUAUUGCACUAUUAGCAUUUUAAUUUAAUAAUGUGACUGACUUGAAAUGACAUACAUUUCUUUAAUCA